UUAUUUCCACACAGAGAUGGAACAACAGGAAAUCACAGGUUUGAGGCAGUGCACAGACAGGUUCCAGCAAUAUGUCCAGUCAAGCUGAACUGGUACAGACAGAAAUUUCACCUAUUCUCCUCCACAGAUGGAAACCAGCUUCAGCUUCUUUUUUCCCCAGUUCCUUCUGGUUCCUGAGAAUAAAUUGUUCUUUCCAAAAAGACCAUGUCCAGAAACCUUCUCCAGAACACAGAAUCACAGAAUUUCUAGGUUGGAAGAGACCUUUAAGAUAAUCGAGUCCAACCCACGCUCCAACACCUCAACUAGAACACGGCACCAAGAGCCACAGAACCAAAGUAACUUUUUUAGACCAAAAGGAAAGUACCUAUCAAGCAUUUCUUUAAUUUUCAGAAGAAAUGUUUCACUUUCAACACAGAUACCAAAAUGAAAUUCAGUUCUCUGCUUACCUUAGCUUGCCACCCUACAGUUCCUUCCGGUCCCACCUUAGCCCUCAGCAGUCUGCAAGCACUGACAGACCCUUGUGGGGUCCUGUAGCACCUCACUGCAAGUGGCACUGGUAGGAGUUGAUGGAGAAGUUGCCUGAAAACUUGAUAAACCUGGUCAUAACUGACCUUGAAUCACACACAGCAUCUGCAAAAUCACAUGCAACAGUUCUCACAAACUGGCACUGUAAUAUUGGGGUCUUCUUCCUCCCUCUCAUAAAGCCUUAACUAGGGCACUUGGUAAAGAUCAUACGCUUCUUCUUAUCAAUGUUCUUUGCUAUCAAGGAACUCCUGCAACUCAAUUCUACUUCUAGAAGGUGUUUAAACCACCAUCAAAUCUUCUUUAGCAUUCUCAGCCUUCUCUAUCCCAGCUGGCACCAGAAUAUCCCUCCUAUCACCACACUAUUUAUUGGGCUCUAAGACUGUUUCCCAUUAUUCUAUACCCAGCCAAUUCACACAUAUUCAGGUGAGUUCAUUCCCAGAGUGGGAAUUUCCUCCACUGUAGGAAUCAGCACCUCCCAAAGGUGCUCUGCCCCGAGGAGCCACAGGGGGGCAGUUCAUCAGUCCCUUGUCUCUCUGGGGUAUGUUUGCAGUGAGGUAGGUGCAUGUCCAGAACAGGAGUCCAAAACAGAGCCUGGCAGUCACCAAAGCAACUUCCCACCAGCUGUACAACCUCCCACACUUGCAGUUCUGUACAAGUGACAAAAUUUAACAGCAAACUCUUAACUUUUAAGGCUGCUUCUCCUCCCAGGUGCUCUGCUGGCACUAGGCAGCCUCUGCUUUCUGUGCACCCCCAGCUAAAAGUGACCCAUUUUUGGGGAUUCUGAUGAAGUUGUGGCCACAGAAUCUCUUUUAGCUCACAGCACUUAGGACUGCACGUGGUGUCGUCAGCUACUUCCUGCAGCUCUGUCAGAGCAGCCUCUGAGCACGGCACGAGCUGGAGCACUCCAUCGUCUGUCUCCUCUGUGAAAACCAGGGGAAAAAAAGGAAAAAAAAAAAAAAAGUUUGAGGGGAAAACCUCUCUGCAGGCCUGGAGAACUGAGUGGAGGCAAGUGAAGCUCUGAACUGGGGGUGGAUGCAGUGGCCAGUGGAAGAAGACUCUUUCCUGGACAGGGCUGAGAGCCUGGAGAAGCAGAUUGGUAGGUGGCCCAGAAGAGACCCCUCCUCUUCCACCAAAGGUGGCAAAUGCUUGGAGGCAGCAAAAAACACGUCACCACCAGCCCUUCUUGCGACCACAGUGUUCGAAAUAUCAGCUGGAAAAAGAAUAAUGGAACGCUGUCUACAGGAAAAUUGUAACUCUACUUGCCCAGAAAUUCCUUAUCAAGACAGUCAGAUACUCCUGGUUGCUGUUUACAGCAUUGUUUUUGCUAUAGGCCUUCCAGCAAAUUGCUUAACUUCUCUGCUUGCGUUUGUACAAAUCAAAAGGAAUAUAGUAGUUGCCAUCUACAUUUUCAGUUUAUCAUUGUGUGAUCUGAUGUAUUUAAGUACCUUGCCUUUCUGGAUUAUCUAUGUGAGAAACGACCACAACUGGACCAUGGGUGAUAUUACUUGCAGGAUAAUAGGAUUCAUCUUUUUCUGCAAUAUCUACUUCAGCAUUCUGCUUUUGUGUUGCAUCUCUGUGGAUCGUUAUGUGGCAUUAGUGUAUCCUCUGGAAUCAAGGGGGAGAAGACAACAGAAAAAGGCCACCAUAAUAGUCUUUUUUCUCUUUGCUGUGGUUGCAGGAAUCCACACUCCAGUAUUUUUUAUGGAAGAUAAACAAAACUGUACAGAGGUGAAAACCUGCUUUGAGACAGUGCCUCUUGACAUAUUAUUGGCUUAUUUCAGCUUUGCUAGAUUCCUGUUUGGAUUUCUUAUACCCUUCAUAAUCCUGAUUUUUACAAACCGCAAAAUUUUACAAGCUACAAAAAGAAGCAGCAGCUUGACUUGUCAGGAGAAAGCCAAAGUGAAGCGUGUGGCUAUUGCCAUUAUUGUUAUUUUCUUGAUCUGCUUUGCUCCAUAUCACGUGGUUCUCAUAGUAAGAGCCAUUUACUUUAUAUUUCAUCAGGACUGUCCAUGUCCAUUUGAAAAUAAGAUAUAUUCAGUUUUUACAGUGUUUCUGUGUUUAGGCACUGCAAAUGGUGUUGCUGAUCCAAUCAUCUAUGUUCUAGUCAGUGAAAACGUCAGAAAAGACUGUUAUAGGAGCCUGAGAAGAUGGAGAUGGAACUCAUCCAAGGUAAAUUCAUCCAAUGAUCACAAUACUGACAACAUAUAAUUGGAAACGCUAAAAGAAUCAGAGGAAGAGGGCCAAAGAAAAGAAAACAAAGAAAUAACAGAUUCAUCUGACAUUCAUAAAGCCUCUACCAGUGGCAGAGACCAGGAAAGUGGCAGCUAGCUGGCAGCUGCUGAAGCAAAUAAGAAGAUCCCAAUGCCAGCUGCAGGACACAAGUUUUUACAUGCUGACAUCAUCUUGCAUAUCCUGCAUGGGCCACUAACUCCUUGAGGACACCAUGGGAGCAAUAAUUCACAUUUCUCUUUGUCUCCUACAAUAAACUUUGCCCACCACUAUCACUGAUGAAAAUACUGCUUUGCUAAGGAUAUGUGAAAUAAAUGAAGUAAUUUACUUUAACUCAAAUUGCGAUCUUAAAAGUUUGGGGGUUUUUUUGACUGACUCUUUCUCUCAUAUGUAAUAAAACCAGUUUUAUCUUCUGAGAAAAACUUUAAAAAAGCAUUGCAGAGGAGAACAAUAUACUGUUCUUAAUGUUGAAAUUUUUGCUUCUUGAGAAGGUGCAUGUUCCAAUUCUCAUACAUGUGCUGUGCUGUUACCGUUUGUGGUUAACCAGUGGAAAAUAUUAAAAAUUAGUAAACAUUUUCCUCCUGCUCUAGUGUGUGACUUCAGGUACAUCACACAUUCCAGGAGAAUUAGAUGGCAAAAAAAAAAAAAAGCCUGAUAACACAGACUAACAGUACUACUGCUGCAUUAGUCAAGAUCUGCACUGACCUGAAAUUCUUAAAAUGUGUAAUUCUAAUGGUUGAUAGUUUCCAAUUAGUAAAUUUUACUUGUUUUGCAGUCAGACCUAGAAUGCACUGAAAUAUACAGAAAAUGUAUACAUUUCCAAGUGGAGUCAGGGACUGCUUUUAUGCCACCUCCAAACGUUUGUUGAACUCUUGUUUCGUUUCUGACUAAGCUAACCCUUCCCUUUUGUAACUGAUCCCACUUUUACUGUGUAGGAGUCUGCAGAAGCUGUGGGUAGGCUCCCGGAUGGUAUGGAAGGUUGGCAGUCUGGAGAGCACAGUCCUUCCUCCCCACAGUUGGGAACUCCCUCAGACAUGCUGGGGCAAAUUUCACUGUUGCUGCUGCCACUUCUAUUAUUAACUUGUUGAUAGUAGUACCUUGUGCCUUUUAACAAGUAUUUAAAAAAUAGGAAUGAUACAAAUCUGGCAAUGUUUAUCUCAACAACUUCUUCAUAUUUUUAUGUGAUUCAACAGACAGAUCAUGAAUCAGUUUGAGUACAAGUUUGUAGAGCAUUUCAUAGCAUCAUUCCAUUUAA